ACCACAGUGUAUGCGUUCGCAAACAACCCUACUCCUUGCGUUCGCGUGUUGGACGCGAGGCUGGCAACUGUGAGAGCGGCAGUCCGAUUCGAGCGUCAAAAUUUACUUAUAGAUGCACUCACCGGAGACUAAGUCCCCAACUCCAUGUCACACAGUGACUGUGUGACUGCCUGAGGGAAAGGUUGAUGGGGGUUGCUCCAUUCCCCAACACCCCCAGCUAACAUUGUCUAAACCUCAGUAUGCACCGCAAGAUAGAGCUGAGACUCAGGAACACCGAGUGGAUUUGGGCUGUGAAUGAUUCCUAAUAAUGGCUUUAACAGUACCCAAUGCCAUGGAUACAAUAGAUUCAGCCCAGAAGAAUGCAAUUGUACAUGAUCAAGAGUUUUUACUACAGGGAUCAGUGUUGGAUGCAUCACUGUUAGUAGUGAUUGAUAGACUACGAGGACUCUGUGAUAAUGCUGACAUCCAACCAGAAACAUUUCAUGAUCAUGAGAUUGUGUUCCUUUUGAAGGAUUUUUCUGCUGCACCAACACCUGGUCCUACAUCACAAGGUGUUAUGCUGAGAGUAAGAAGAGCUGUAGAUCACCCAGAGUUGCCGUAUCAGUUGCGCUACGUUGGAUUCCCAGAAAUUGGAACAUCAGCCCUCCUAAGAAACUGCCUAGAUGUUGCUGUUAGUUCAAAUGUUUGUGAAUUUCUCCAAGAACUAGGUGCAAAGAUUGACCAUGAAUUUAUCACCAAAGGUUAUGUUAUGAAGAAAGGAAGGAUAAAGGUGACAAUAUUUAAGAUGUACAAGAUGGGCUCAGGUAUCACAAAGGAUAAUCUGGAGCCUUUGACUAUGUCACAUUUGGUGGAAUUAAGUGUUCUGACAACUAAGACAGACAAAUCUGUUGCGGAUGAUCUUAGGAAUCUGGCAGACCAGCUCAGGCCUCUUGUGCAGCUAGAACGGGUUGAUUAUAGGCGAUUGUGAUAGAGUAGUCAAGGAAAAUGUAACGUCUAAUAAAUAUUAUUUUA